AUGAAAGGUGGAUCAUUUUUUGCAGUGGGUAUUUUGUCUUUACUCUGUUUUCAUGUUUUUGUCUCGAGUUACGUUGAUGCCAGAGAUAUUGCCAGAGAACUGAGGGAUGAUGAGGAGAAAACUCUUGGAGGCGGAUUCGGAGGAGGUCAGGGAGGUGGUUUUGGAGGCGUUGGGGGUAUUGGUGGUGGGUUCGGCAAAGGUGGCGGAGUAGGGGGAGGUGUUGGAAAAGGUGGUGGAAUUGGCGGUGGAUUUGGAAAGGGAGGCGGUGCUGGAGGAGGAUUCGGAAAGGGUGGAGGCAUAGGAGGUGGUAGCGGUGGUGGUGUUGGUGGUGGAUUCGGAAAGGGUGGCGGUGUUGGAGGUGGAUUCGGAAAGGGUGGAGGCAUUGGAGGUGGUAGUGGUGGUGGUGUUGGCGGUGGAAUCGGAAAGGGUGGAGGCAUUGGAGGUGGUAGCGGUGGUGGGGCUGGCGGAGGAAUCGGAAAUGGUAGAGGCAUUGGAGGUGGUAGUGGUGUUGGCGGUGGAAUCGGAAAGGGUGGAGGCAUUGGAGGUGGUAGCGGUGGUGGGGCUGGCGGAGGAUUCGGAAAUGGUGGAGGCAUUGGAGGUGGUAGUGGUGUUGGCGGUGGAAUCGGAAAGGGUGUUGGCGGUGGAAUCGGAAAGGGUGUUGGCGGUGGAAUCGGAAAUGGUGGAGGCAUUGGAGGUGGUAGUGGUGUUGGCGGUGGAAUCGGAAAGGGUGUUGGCGGUGGAAUCGGAAAGGGUGGAGGCAUAGGAGGUGGUACCGGUGGUGGUGCUGGCGGAGGAUUCGGAAAGGGUGGUGGUGUUGGUGGUGGAAUUGGAAAGGGUGGUGGUAUUGGCGGUGGAUUCGGAAAGGGUGGAGGUAUAGGAGGUGGUAAAGGUGGUGGUCUUGCCGGUGGAAUCGGAAAGGGCGGUGGUGUUGGAGGAGGCUUUGGCAAGGGGGGAGGAUUUGGAGGUGAUUUUGGGAAAGGAGGUGGAAUAGGAGGUGGAAGUGGAGGUGGCGGUGGUGGAAUAGGAGGACACCAUUAAAGAAUGAUUUAAGAGCUUUUAAAUAAACUUAUAAUAAAUUAUAGAUUAUGCAAAAAUUGGAGCCCACAUGAAACAAUGGCUUAAGGAUAUUGGCGUGCUUACGUUAAAAUGUCUUCUUAUUAUUGUUGUUAACUUGUUCUGAUCCGGAUUAAUUAAAAUAUAUUGCAUGCAUGCAAGCCUUAAUUUUCCUAA